AUGGCCAAACUAUACUCUAAUUGCCUCUCUAUUCUCUCUUUCUCACUCUAUUUUUACUUCUUCCCUUGCUUAGUUUCGAGUACUAAAAAAAACAUCACCACUGAUGAACUUGCACUUCUUUCAUUCAAAUCAUCUAUUACUUUAGACCCUUAUCAUGUACUUAGUAAUUGGUCAAUAUCCUCUAAUUCUUCUUCUUUCAGUUCAUGCAAUUGGGUUGGUGUUACUUGUGAUGAACAUCAUGGAAGAGUAAAUGCAUUGAAUCUUAGUAACAUGGGCCUUCAAGGUUCCAUUUCACCUCAAUUGGGAAAUCUCUCUUUCCUUCUUGUUCUUGAUCUACAAGCCAAUAGUUUCAAUGGUGAGUUACCACAAGAGUUACUUCAUUUGAAGAGAUUGAAGUGGCUUGAUUUGAGUUACAAUGAUUUUGUUGGAGAAAUUCCUUCAAGGAUAGGGGAGUUAUCAAAACUUCAAUAUUUGGAUAUUGGAUAUAAUAAAAUUGUUGGAAUUAUUCCUCAAUCUAUAUCCAAUUUGUCAAUGUUGGAGUAUCUAAGUUUGAAAUCAAAUUUCAUUGAAGGAACUAUUCCACUUGUUAUUGGUAAACUUCAUAUGUUGAGAAUUUUGGAUGUUAAAAAUAACAAACUCUCUGGAACCAUACCAUCAACAAUUUUCAACAUGUCUUCACUUCAAGAAAUUCGUCUAUCAAAUAAUUCUCUAUCAGGAGAAAUUCCAAAAGGAAUUGGUGAUCUUACACAACUCAUAACAUUGAAUCUUCAAUAUAAUCUCCUCACUGGCAACAUAUUGAUGUUGAACAACUCAUCUUUGCAAAGGUUGGGUCUUGGUUUUAAUAAUCUCUCUGGAAUUCUUCCAUCAAAUGUUUGUCAAGGACUUCCAAAUCUUAGAUUACUCUAUCUUUAUGCUAAUGAUUUUUCUGGUAAGAUGCCAAAUGUAUGGCGUAAUUGCAAAGAAUUGGAAGAUUUGGAGCUAUCUUUCAAUAAUUUUGACAAAGGUCCUUUGCCAGCUGACAUUGGAAGCUUGACAAAGCUUCAAUCUUUGUAUCUUACUAGCACCAACUUGGAGGGUGAAAUUCCAGUCUCCCUCUUCAACAUCUCUUCUUUGAUAGAGAUCAACCUUGAUGGAAACCAUUUAAAUGGAACUCUUCCGGGCGAGAUGUGUCUUCAACUUCCUCAACUUGAAAAGUUUACUCUAUUCGGUAAUCAUUUGGAAGGAACCAUUCCAGGAUCGAUCGGCAAUUGUACAUUCUUACAAAUAUUAACUUUACAGGAUAACUUUUUUUCAGGUUCGAUACCGAUGGAGAUUGGCAAUCUCAAUCAACUUCAGUUUCUUCAAUUGGGAAAUAACAGUUUGAGGGGACAUGUUCCUUCAAAUGUCUUCAAUAUUUCAACAUUGCAAAAUCUUCAUCUUGAACUAAAUUCUCUCUCGGGCAUGCUUCCAUCGAAUAUCGGAUUAGGCCUUCCAAACCUACAACAACUACACAUGUAUGGAAACAGGUUUGUUGGAAAUAUUCCAAAUACUAUUUCCAAUGCUUCAAAUCUUGUCAUAAUUGACUUGAGUUCGAAUGAAUUUAGCGGAGUUAUACCGAACUCAUUUGGAAAUUUAAGAGACCUUGAAUCACUUGUCAUAGGUGGCAAUAAUUUGACAAUAGAUGAGUCUCUUGAAUUCAACUUCCUAACUUCACUGACAAGUUGCAGAUAUUUGAAACAUCUUGAAAUUUCAGAGAAUAGUUUGCCAUUAAAACUUCCCAAGUCUAUUGGAAACUUAUCUCUAGAACACUUUUGGGCAAAUUCUUGUGGAAUUAAAGGAAACAUUCCAUUAGAAAUCGGAAACAUGAGCAACUUGGUUCGAUUAUCUCUGAGUAGGAAUGAUUUAAACGGACAAAUCCCUAGUACAAUUAAAGAGUUGCAGAAGCUUCAAUCUUUAGGCCUUGACUACAAUAAACUUCAAGGAUCUAUAAUUGAUGAGCUUUGUGAAAUUAGGAGUUUGAGUGAGUUGAAUUUAACAAGUAACAAGUUUUUCGGAGUGUUACCAACAUGUUUGGGAAAUAUGACUUCUCUUAGAAAGAUUCACAUUGGAUCUAACAGGUUAAACUCUACAAUACCUUCCUCCUUUUGGAAUCUCAAAGAUAUUUUAGAGGUAAACUUGUCCUCUAAUGCUUUAAUUGGAAAUCUUCCAUUUGAGAUUAAGAAUUUGAGAGCUCUUGUGCUAUUAGAUUUGUCAGGAAAUCAAAUUUCAAAUAACAUUCCAACAACCAUAAGUUUUUUGACAACUUUAGAAACUCUCUCCUUAGCAAAUAACAAAUUGGAAGGACUUAUCCCAAAAUCACUUGGUGAAAUGGUAAGUUUGAGCUUCUUGGACUUUUCUCAAAAUCUUCUAACCGGUAUGAUCCCGAAAUCUUUGGAGUCACUUAUUUAUCUUAAAUACAUGAAUGUUUCAAACAAUAGAUUGCAAGGAGAGAUUCCUAAUGGAGGACCUUUCAAGAAAUUUACAUCUCAAUCUUUCAUGAGUAACAAAGCACUUUGUGGUAGUCCUCACUUUCAAGUACCUCCAUGUGAUAAACAAAUUAGGAAAAAGUCAAUGAAAAAGAUGAUAUUAAUCAUAUGUAUAUCAUCCAUAAUUGUUGUGUUAGGCCUUGUGGCUAUUGCAUGCAUAAUAGUUCAAAUGUUUAAAAGGAAAAAAGUUGAAAAUCCACUUGAAAGAGAUUUAUCAACAAAUUUAGGGGUUUCAAAAAGGAUCUCCUAUAAUGAACUUGUGCAAGCAACUCAUGGAUUCAAUGAGAGUAACUUGCUUGGAAAGGGUGGUUUUGGAUCUGUGUAUCAAGGAAUGCUUUCUAGUGGGAAGAUGGUAGCAAUUAAAGUACUUGACUUGAAAUUGGAAGUUGCAUCAAGAAGUUUUGACGCGGAAUGCAAGGCAAUGCGCAAUCUUCGGCAUCGUAAUCUUGUUGAGAUUAUUACUAGUUGUUCAAAUGUCAAUUUCAAAUCUUUGGUGAUGGAGUUUAUGUCAAAUGGGAGUUUGGAAAAAUGGUUAUACUCAGAAAACUAUUUUUUGGAUUUCUUGCAAAGGUUGAAUAUAAUGAUAGAUGUUGCAUCUGCAUUGGAGUAUCUCCACCAUGGUUCUUCAAUACCAGUGGUUCAUUGUGAUCUGAAGCCUAGUAAUGUGUUACUAGAUAAAAAUAUGGUGGCACAUGUGAGUGAUUUUGGCAUUUCUAAACUCUUGGAUGAAGGACAUUCUAAAACUCAUACAGGGACACUAGCCACUCUUGGCUAUGUUGCACCAGAGUAUGGUUCUAAGGGAGUCAUUUCAGUUAAAGGAGAUGUGUAUAGCUAUGGAAUAAUGCUAAUGGAAAUCUUCACAGCAAAGAAGCCAACAAAUGAAAUGUUUGCAGGAGAAUUAACAUUGAAAAAUUGGAUUAGUGAAUCAAUGGUCAGUUCAGUCAUGGAAGUUGUGGAUUUCAAUUUAGUCUCUCAACAUGAUAAAGAAAUUCAUGAAUUUUUAGCUCAUGUGUCGUCUAUUUUGGCUUUAGCAUUGAGAUGUUGUGAAGACUCGCCUGAGACGCGGAUUAAUAUGAUUUAUGUAACUGCAUCAUUAAUCAAAAUCAAGACCUUAUUCAUUCAUUGA